GUAUGCACCACUUGGUAUUUUGUUUUUAAUUGCUGGGAAAAUUGUUGAGAUGGAAGAUAUGGGUGUGAUUGGAGGCCAGCUAGCCAUGUAUACAGUUACUGUUAUCAUUGGUUUGCUCAUCCAUGCAAUUAUUGUUCUCCCACUUCUCUACUUCUUCAUUACUCGGAAAAAUCCUUGGGUCUUUAUUGGAGGAUUGUUGCAAGCUCUCAUCACAGCUUUGGGAACUUCCUCAAGUUCUGCCACUUUGCCUGUCACUUUUAAGUGUUUGGAAGAGAACAAUGGAGUGGACAAACGCAUUACGAGAUUUGUCCUGCCUGUCGGUGCAACUAUUAACAUGGAUGGGACAGCUUUGUAUGAAGCCCUGGCUGCAAUUUUCAUUGCACAGGUUAACAAUAUGGAUCUAAACUUUGGGCAAAUUAUCACUAUCAGUAUUACCGCAACAGCUGCCAGCAUUGGUGCAGCGGGAAUUCCUCAAGCCGGCCUGGUCACAAUGGUGAUUGUAUUAACCUCUGUUGGUUUGCCUACAGAUGACAUAACACUUAUCAUUGCGGUGGAUUGGUUUCUGGAUCGUCUGCGCACUACUACCAACGUUUUGGGAGACUCCAUUGGUGCAGGAAUUGUCGAACACUUAUCCCGCCAUGAGUUACGGAACAAGGAUGCUGAAAUGGGCAACUCCGUGAUUGAGGAGAAUGAAAUGAAGAAGCCUUAUCACCUGAUUUCACAAGAGAGUGAGAAUGAAAAGCCCGUAGACAGUGAAACCAAGAUGUAAGGUAGAGGAAAGUUGACACAAAGCACUAGAGAUAUGGAAAAUGUACACUUUCUUUGGUCCUUCUGCUUGUUCCUCAUUUCUUCUUGUACUCUCAAAGCACUGAAAAGAUUUAAGGAUGAACUAGAUAUUACGAGACACAUAGAGUGUGUGACCUGUCUCCUUUGCCUUGUGAUAGAUUAGAGCAAUGAACAACAGCAGGCUGUUGCUCCACAUGCCUCGCCUUGUUCCUUCCCAUAAGGAAGGCCAGAGGAAGGCAAAGCAAAGCACAGUAUUACCAUGUCUCAUAUUGUGUUUACCUAGACAUAUUUUCUCUGGCCUGAUGCCUUCCUGGUGUGAAACUACAACUCCCAGAAUUCUUAGGAAACAUGCAGCAGACAUGCUGGUUAGAAUUCUGGAAGUCAUAAUCCACUACAUCUGGGGGACAUCUGGCUGAAGAAGGCUGCAUAAUCUGUGCAGGAGAAAAUAGUGAGGAGCUGAGCUGCGCAUUUUUCAAAAUUGGUGAAAAAUAUUCCAAAUUCGUGGCUAUGUGCCAUUAAAAAAAUAUAGGCGUUACACAAAGUGAUAUGCAACAUUUUAAUGGGUGAUAAAUAUUUUAUCAAAUUAGCAAGCUUAUUCAAGAAUAUAUUUCUUUAUCCUGUUAAUGUGAUCUCAUUUAAUAUAAGCUGAAAUAGCAAACAGAAGAAAUCCUGAAAGAGGUUCCAUUUUGCUCAAAUGCUACAUGUUCUUAGCACCAUCAAGUCAACCUUUGACAUUUCAUGCUAUUCCGAGAGAAAUUAAUAGCAGAUUUUUAUUUCUUUUUUUAAAAAGAUAGCAUUACCUUAUUUCAUUGCUGUUAGAUCAGCACAAGUACGAAUACAUUUUUCCCCCUAAAGAAUGAAAUAAGUGAAUCGUAUUUCCCACAGGUCAUUAUAUUUAUGAAUUAAGCAAAAACUACUAAUCAUGUGUUCAUUUCUAACCAAUGGGAUAUUUUAGUAUCAGAAAGAGGCUUGUGCUUCUUGGUACUGUGCACCUUCAAAUCCCAUUGAUUUUGUAUAUCACAAACCUGCAAAUACCUCUGUCUAUGUGUAACAUUAUGACUCUCUUUUAGAUGAUAGUAUUUAGCACAAAUACUGCUACUCAUACACACUGUUUUUUCUUUCCAGGAUCAGAGAUCAAAUGCACACACUUUAAAAACAUAUGCACUUUGGAACAGGAAAUUUAUCUUAGCUGCUUCAUUGGUAUGGGCAUAUUGAAUUAUUGCUAUCACGGCAAUUGUGAUGUCAUUAUUUGAUCAAACAACUGUAAAUAUUCUUCUGAUUUAAUCUAGUGAGGCUUAGAUAAAUUAUAACCCGUUCAUCAUAUAUAGUUUUCAGAAAGUAACUGCUUUUGCUUCCUACAGAAACUGUAAAUAUGGGGGAUUAUAAACAUUUAGGCUCCAGGAAGAUUACCGUGGUUCAUAAAUUGUCCUGACUUAAAUUUCAAUUUACCACUGAGUUUUCAAUGGGAAUUGAGAUCCUCGCUGAUUUAUAUCCAUAUGGCAUUUCCAAUCAGUCAUGGGAAUUAUAGUUUAGUCUGACAUUAAGAAUCUUGUUGAAGAUCCUUAGCCUACACACACACACACACAAACAAACAAACAAACAAACAUACACCCAACUUAAAUUUACAUGAAAGAGAAACCAACUUUCAGCCAAUUAGAAUUUUUGGCAAACAUUUAAUCGAACAGUUCAUCAUCACCAUUGCAACUCUCCUGAAUUGAAUUUAGCAACCUAAAGACCUAGAUAUGAAUUCUAAAACAUCCAUAUUUUAAAAACAACCCAAAUGAAAUAAAAAUCCCUUGUUUCCAGGCAGGCUUUGCUGGGCGUUAUGCGCAAUGCUAAGCCAUCCUUAUACAGAUGAGCAAAAAGAUCUCAAAAGCAAAGAGGUAGCUCACACAGAGGUGAUCUGUUAUGAUCACACUAAGAAAUAAAUUGGGAUUCUUUUUCUCUUAGCAGCUUGCUUGCUUGCUUGUUAUAUAGGAACUAGAGAUUGAAGCUGAAAAGAAACUUACUAUAACCUAGCAAAAAACACGAGACUUUGCUGUGAUAUAGUUUAUUUAAUAAUAGAUUGCAAGUUAUUUUAAACCACAAUUCUUGAUUGCACAUAAAGGCAAGCCACCAGGAAUGUGCUAAAAAUUAGGAUUGAUUUGUCCUUCCUUGUUGUGUAGGAAUGGCUCUCCCCAAAGUUCUUUCUUCUAGUGAUGUAGUCCUUGACUUACGAUCAAAAUUGAGCCCAGAAUUUAUGUUGAUAAGUGAUAAUCUGUUAAGUGGGUUUUAGCCCAUUUUAUGACUUUUCUGGUCACGGUGGUUAAGUGAAUCACUGCAAUUGUCAAUUUAGUACCAUGGUUGUUAA